AUGCUUGGGGGUGUUAUCGCAUGCGGUCCAACCCACACACUAGUCACGCCGCUCGACCUGGUCAAGACCCGUCGUCAAGUCGACCCAAAGAUCUAUACCUCGAACUUUGCGGCAUGGCGCUCAAUCUUUGCUAAUGAAGGUCUACGCGGUGUCUUCUUCGGCUGGACGCCGACCCUGGUAGGCUACAGCUUCCAGGGUCUGGGGAAGUAUGGCUUCUACGAGAUAUUCAAGCACGAAUACGGCGACAACCUCUUUCCCAAUGCCAACCGCACGCUGGUCUACCUCGGUGCGAGCGCCAGUGCAGAAUUCAUCGCCGAUAUAUUCCUGUGUCCAUUGGAAGCGAUCAAGGUGCGCAUGCAAACGACGCUCCCGCCCUUCGCAAACACUCUGCGUGAAGGCUGGUCCAAAGUGGUCGAGAAAGAAGGCAUUCAAGGCUUGUACAAAGGCAUCACUCCGCUCUGGGGCCGUCAGAUCCCCUACACCAUGUGCAAGUUCGCCACGUUCGAAGAGACAGUCGGUCUCAUCUACAAGCAGCUCGGCAAACCCAAGGAGAGCUUCAACAAACUGCAGCAGACCGGAGUCAGCUUUCUGGGUGGCUACAUUGCUGGUAUCGCCUGCGCCGUAGUCAGCCAUCCCGCGGAUGUCAUGGUCAGUAAAUUGAACUCCGAUAGAAAAGCUGGGGAGUCCGCUGGCAAGGCUAUGACCCGGAUCUACGGCAAUAUCGGAUUUGCAGGUCUCUGGAACGGCCUUCCUGUCAGGAUCGUCAUGAUCGGAACGCUGACGGCCUUCCAAUGGCUUAUCUAUGAUUCUUUCAAAGUCUACCUUGGGCUGCCCACAACUGGCGGCCAUUAG